AUGCCUGCUCCAGCCGAGGUCCAAGCCGCCACCAUCGAUAAGUUCAUCGAGGGAUGGGGCACAAACAACCCCGAAGCGUGGGUUCAACUCUGGACUGAUGACUGUACCAAUAAGAUCCUGCCCUUCUCACUCGGUGCGCCACCUAUGAGCAAGGACACCGUUGUUUCAAAGGCUCUUCCCAAGCUUUUCGGAAACCUCGCCAACUGGAAGUUGCAAGUAUACGAAGUCGUUCUCGAUACCAAGAAGAGCAAGGCUGCCAUCUACGCAACUUCCAAAGCUGACACCCCCUUCGGCGACUUCAAGUGGGCCAACGAAUAUGCGGCUUUCGUCACCUUGACUGAAGACGGCAAACAGAUUAGAAAGAUUGAGGAGAUGGUCGAUACCGCCUUCUUUGCUGAAAUGGAUCGACAAGGUGCUGUCUAUGCUGCCGCCAACCCUACCACUACUGUUCCUGCCUAG